AAAACUCAUGUUUAACAGGAUUGUUUAGUGGCAUAGGGUGCAUACCGUGCUUUGUACUGAUCCCCAUGUACUUUGACCAGAAAAGAGGUCAAGCCAUGGCCAUCACGAUGGCUGGUGUAUGUCUUGGACAGAUUGUGAGCCCUCCAUUUGUUCGCUUCCUGCUGGAGCAAUAUUCUCUGAAGGGAGCCUGUCUUAUUGUGAGUGCCCUUGUCUUCAACAGCUGCGUUGGAGCUUCCCUCUUCCAGCCUGUGGAAUGGCACAUGAAUUCGCUUGACUUGGAGAACCAUGCAAUAUUACCCAACUCUGAUGAUUGCGAAGGAGAUAGUUACAUAGUAACUGAUGAGGGAAAGACGUUUGACACUCAGACAAGUGCUUUUGUGCCAGGUGAGGUUGAAAGGAUCGUUCUGAGUGGAAGCAAAAGUAAACAAAUGCGUAAGUGCUCCUCAGUGUCUAUUGCCGCCUCUUUCAUUGACUUAACUAGCAUUUCACCUCUCAACUACAGUAAUAACAAAGCUGUGCCACUCGAGAAAGAAUAUCCCGAUGGAGCAGAGGUUCAUGGAACGACUAGGAUAUGUCGUAUUACUCGUUCUCUCAUCGCAGACCUGAAGAUCUUCAAGUCUUUUAAAGCACUCAUUAUUGCCACUGCUGGACUCUUGGUGGUCAAUGGUUUCCUGAGUUUCUACAUAAUGGCGCCAGACGUCAUCCAAAGCGCCGGCUACAAUCUUGAGGACGCCGCAUGGUGCUUAUCCAUCGGCUCCGUGACCAACCUCGUGGCUCGAAUCAGCGCUGCGACUCUCUCAGACUGUUCCUGGUUCAACAAGAGAGUUGUUUACAUGGGGGGAGCUAGCCUCAUCGCUUCUAGUACCCUAGUGUUCAGCUUCUUGAGAGACCUGACGUGGAUAAUGUGACGUUUUGGG